AUGCAAGAAAUGAGCACAGACCGAUCCAUCUCUCUCGGCUACAAUUUCUGCGUAAACUCUCCAGAAGCAGCUCCCAACAGCCACAGAGCCAAACAUCAUCGCCAAAUGGGCAAUAUAUCGUUCAUGCUGCUCCGUCGCAACUUAACAAAAUUCGAGGUCUUACAUAAGCAACUUUUGAACGACAAAAAGAUGGAGACUCCCGUAAGAGGACGCGUGGAAACCUGCUUCCAACUUUAUUCCCUUGCGAUCUUUGAUGCCAAAGAGGCCUUCCAAGAUUACAAUGCCAAGCGAUACCAUGAUUCUAAUACUCGCGUGAGUGCGGUCUCGAAUGCCCCCGUGACUUGUGAAGAUGGGUUCAAGGAAAUACAAGGCUUGGUUUCCCCAUUGAUCAAGAUGAAUAACGUUACUUACCGGGUGUCUGCUAUUUCGCUUGCCAUUGUCACUAUGUUUUCGCUUGAAUGA